GGAGAGCAUCAGAGAUACUUGAAUCGCUUAAGCAUUAACAAUUACAAAAUUUGUUAAUUAUUCAACAAUGGAACAAAUCAAGGGAAGUGCCGGAGCUAAUGUCACUAACAACAGCAUUAGCGUUAAUGCAGCAGUGAACCGCAAUGGCCAUGGUCUAUCAGUGGAACAUGUUCAAACCCGCGGAUCUGGCAGCACCACAACGGUAGCGGGUCAAGCGAACAUCUUCCAGAAUAAGAAUGCUGAGAUGAAUGCCAGUGCCUAUCACACUCACAAUCGCCAUCUGGAUACAUUUGGCGGUGGAAUGGAUAUAAAGACCGCCACAGGCCAUUCAGCCACAUUGGGUGUUAACCAUGUGCCCAAGUUUAAUAUGACCGCCGUGAAUGCCAGUGGAAGUGCCAAUCUCUACACUUCGCCCAGUGGCAAUCUAAACGUGGCUGCCACAGCAAACGCAAUGCGCCACACCAGCGGACCCUUCAGGGGUAAAUCCGAUAUGGGGUACGGCUUAAAUAUGCAAUAUAAAUUUUAGAAAGCCAAAAGUCGAAAGUUGUAAAAAUAUAUGUAUUCAAUAUUGAAAUAAUAAAUGUAUGUAUUACAAAAAUAA